UCAUGCCUGAGAGAGAAGUUAUCGUGACAACCUCACAAAAACACAACCACAACCAAAAUGGCUGCACCAAAAAUGUAAGUUUCGCUGCAACUUUACUACCUGUUUUUACGGACUGACAAUUCGCAUAAAGUAUUGUUUUGGGUAGCCUCAAUGGCCAGCUUGAACCGGCGUUCAAAAAGCUAGCGACAUUACAUACCAAAAACAGUUUCUCCAUGGCCAUCCUCACAGGCGAUGUCUUUAGCGCAGCCCAAGACGAUGGCUCCGUGAACGCGCUUCUAGAUGGAACCAUCGAAGUCCCUCUACCAACCUAUUUCACCGUCGGAACCCACCCACUCCCUCCUCGUAUUGCUGCCAAGGUUGAAGCCGAGGAGGAGAUAUGCGAGAACCUACAUUUCCUGGGCAAGCGCAGCAUUACCAAGACGUCCGACGGUAUGAGGAUUGUCGCUUUGGGUGGCCAAUUGGAUCCCAACCUCAUUGCAGGACUAUCUAAGGAACAGCACCUCCCAUUUCACACAGCGGAUGAUGCAAAGAGCCUGCGCGGCGCGAACAACGCUGAUAUUCUCUUGACGUCAAUAUGGCCUGCAAGUAUUUGGACUGGCUCUCAGGUUGCGCUCGAUCCCACAAACCAAACGUCACUCAACGUUUCGGACAGUAUUGCAGAACUAUGUGCAGCGCUAAAACCGCGCUAUCACCUAUCAGCUUCACCAAAAGCCUUCUUCUACGAACGAGAGGCUUUUGUUCACCCUACCGAGAAGGAAACGGAUAACACUUGCGUCACUCGCUUCAUUUCAAUGGCGCCUUUCGGCAAUGACGCCAAAGCAAAGUCUUUGUACGCUUUUAGUCUCAACAAAGGAGACGCCUCAGUGCCCCCUGGCGCGACAGCCUCACCGUUCAACCCUAAGACCAAGAAGCGUGCACCCAAAGAUGACUCUUACAGUCGAUACGGGGGCGAUGAUAACAGCAGAGGACAUAGAGGCCGACGCCAGAAGCAUCGUCAUCGGUCGCCGCCUCCGGGUCCUGAUCGAUGCUACUUCUGUCUCUCCAAUCCCAACCUAUCUGCCCACAUGUGCUGUAGUAUCGGCGACGACGCCUACAUCUCCACAGCCAAAGGUCCUCUGCCAACCUCAAACACGUUUGCGGAGCAAGGCCUUACCUUUCCAGGCCACUUGAUCAUCAUUCCACUACCACACAACCCUACAAUACCUAGUAUCGGCCCCGUCACUGAUCCAGCAGGAGAAGCUGCAAAAACAUACAAUGAAAUGACACGCUUCCGAGAAGCUAUCCAAGCUAUGAUUGCUUCCAAAAGCUCACACAAGCUCGGAGUCGUCACGUGGGAGAUCAGCCGAGAUCGCAAUGUUCACCUUAUCUGGCAACUAAUGCCUCUUGCAGCCGAUCUCAUUCGCAAAGGCGUCGCGGAAGCCGCUUUUAAGGUCGAGGCGGAGAAUCAGUCUCUUCCAGCAUUCACUGCUCGGGAGCUCACGCUCGAACAACAGGCCGAGUCAGGGGGUGACUUCUUCCGUGUAUGGCUAUGGGCGGACGAUGGCGAAGACCGUAUUAAGGGCAAGGUCCUCGUCAUGCCUCUGCCCUCAGAUAUGCGGUUCGACCUUCAAUUCGGACGUCGUGUGCUAGCUAAGCUUCUUGGUCUUGAAAAUCGUAUGGUAUGGAAGGAUUGUGAACAGACUGUUGAGGAGGAGACGAAAGACGUCGAGGCAUUUCGGGAGGCGUUCAAGGAAUGGGAUUUCACUCUUCAAGAUGUUGUUGCUUGAGUUCUUCGGUUUUGUAUACUAUACCAGAUGCAUGGGCGGCGUUUAAAAGAAACGAGUUGUGGGUGGGCUCAAGGGUUUCUUGAUAUAAGGAACCGUGAUUUUCUUCCAUCUGGUCUGAGAGGCUCUGAAUAACGAUGCGGAAUAGAUGCCCGUCUUAGAAGACUACAAAUAAUGCUGCGUGUCUCAUUAAAAUCUUGCGUAGCGAGAUCAACAAGCAUUUGAUGUCAUACCAUCUCGCAGAAUCACACGGCAAAGCUCAAAUCACGUUAAGAAGCAGC